AUGGUCUACAUCAAGCAACUCACCCUCACUGCCGCUCUGGUUCUCAGUGCCGCCCAGAGUGUUCUCGCCGCACCAGCCGCUUACAACAGCCUUGCGAGGCGAGACGAGACCGACGCUGAGGCUGCCCCCGGUGCCAAGGGUGCCAAACACAACAGCAAGAAGGACUAUAACGGCAGUGUUGUUGGCAAGACCAAGCCAGUUGCCACUAUCAUGGGUGGUGUCGUGGGGAGAGAUCUGGAGGAACACGAGGAGACCGGUUACAUUGAGUUCGUCGAGAGAAGCCAGUCUGAGGACCUCGCUGAGCGGGAUUUUUAUAUCGAUGCUCUGUACGAGCGAUACUUGGAUUCUGAGGACCUCGCCGAGCGAGACUUUGACAUUGAUGCCCUGUAUGAGCGAUACUUGGGAGCUGAUGAUCUCGUAGAGCGAGAUUUCGAGUCUGCUGACUUGGCUGAGCGCGACUUCGAGGUUAAGGACUUAUAUGAUUAUCUUAAAGCCAAGGUUACUAUAAUUGAAUUCAUUCUUAUUCACUAA